CCAGCCCCUGGCAGCGUUCCAUCGCCCGAGCAGCAGCAGAUGCUCUGCAGCCAGCUCGAGAAGAUCCACACGCUGUUCAGGCGCCAGCUGGGGAUCCCGCUGUUAGAUAUGGAGGCUUCAUAUGCUGAAUAUGAGGAGUGGUCAGAAGAUCCAAUUCCAGAAACAAUAAUAAAGAAUUACAAAAAAGCUCUGCAGCAAUUGGAGAAGUGUAAACCGUAUGAAGAGGCACUGCUGGGUGCUGAAACACCAAAACUAGCAGAAUACCAAGCUUACAUUGAUUUUGAAAUGAAAGGAGGUGAUCCAGCCCGCAUUCAGUUGAUCUAUGAGAGGGCUUUAGCUGAAAACUGCCUUGUGCCAGAUCUUUGGGCACGCUACAAUCAGUACUUGGACCGGCAGCUGAAAGUGAAAGAGUUGGUGUUGUCAGCUCAUGACCGUGCUGUUAGGAACUGUCCCUGGACAGUUGGGCUGUGGAUUCGAUACCUUUUGGCGAUGGAGAGGCACAGAGUUGAUCACAGCGUUAUUUCUGAAAUGUUUGAAAAAGCUCUGAAUGCGGGUUUUAUCCAAGCAACAGACUAUGUAGAGUUCUGGCAGGCGUAUCUUGACUACCUGAGAAGAAGGGUGGACUUUACACAAGACUCAAGUAAAGAACUGGAAGAGCUGCGGUCUGCGUUUGCACGUGCUGUGGAGUAUCUGAAGCAAGAAGUAGAAGAGCGAUUCAGUGAAAGCGGGGAUCCGUCCUGCACCAUCAUGCAGAACUGGGCGAGAGUUGAGGCCCGUUUAUGUAACAACAUGCAGAAGGCCAGAGAACUCUGGGACAACAUCAUGACUAAAGGGAACGCCAAAUACGCUAACAUGUGGCUGGAGUAUUACAACCUGGAAAGGGCUCACGGGGACACGCAGCACUGCAGGAAGGCCUUGCAUCGGGCUGUGCAGUGCACCAGUGAUUAUCCAGAGCAUGUCUGCGAGGUGCUGCUCACGCUGGAGAGGAUAGAAGGAACAUUGGAAGACUGGGAUGCAGCAGUUCAAAAAACAGAAAACAGAUUAGCUCGAGUUAAUGAACAAAGAGCAAAGGCUGCUGAGAAAGAAGCUGCUCUGGCAAAGCAGGAGGAGGAGAAGGCUGAACUACGGAAGCAGGCACGGGCAGAAAAGAAAGCUUCCAAAAAAGCUAAGAAAACCAGGGUUGGAGACAAGCGCAAAGCAGAUGAUGAUGAUGAGGGAGAGUGGGGACAAGAAGAAGAAGCAGAGCAGCCCAGCAAGAGGCACAAGGGAGACGGCGAUGGCGUCCUUCUGGAAGAAGACAUGGAGGUGGAAACUGGGCUGUUUGGAAGAAGCGGACCUGAAAAGCCAGAUCACCCAGCAGACCAAAAGGAAAAGGCAUCUACCAGCCGAAAAGACAUCCCCAAGGUUUUACAUGACAGCAGUAAAGAUCACGUCACCGUCUUUGUCAGCAACCUGUCCUACAACAUGGCAGAUCCCGAAGUGAAACUGAAAGAGCUCUUUGAGAGCUGCGGGGAGGUGGCAGAAAUCCGGCCGGUGUUCAGCAACAAGGGGACUUUCCGAGGCUACUGCUACGUGGAAUUUAAGGAAGAAAAAUCUGCUCUCCAAGCUCUUGGCUUGGAUCGCAAAGUUGUGGAGGGAAGACCGAUGUUUGUUUCUCCGUGCAUUGACAAGAACAAGAAUCCACACUUUAAGGUCUUCAGGUAUAGCACUACACUGGAGAAACAUAAAUUGUUUAUAUCUGGGCUGCCGUUUUCCUGCACUAAGGAAGAGCUGGAAGACUUGUGUAAAGCACAUGGGAAUGUGAAAGACAUUCGGCUGGUCACCAACCGAGCUGGGAAACCCAAGGGCCUGGCCUAUGUGGAAUAUGAAAACGAAGCUCAGGCCUCGCAGGCUGUGCUGAAAAUGGACGGCCUGGCAGUAAAGGAACACGUCAUCAAGGUGGCCAUCAGCAACCCCCCUCUCCGAAAACUGCCCGACAAGGCGGAGGCAGGCAGAGCCUCGCCGUUUGCGGUGCCACGACAGCUUUACGGAGCGCGAGGGAAGGGAAGGACGCAGCUUUCCAUGAUGCCUCGCGCGUUACAGCGCCAGAGCAAUCCUGUGGCUAAGGCGGAGAACGGGAUGGUCCAGAACUCACCAGCAACUUCAUCCAAACCCCCCGAGGAGCCUAAAAAGAUGUCCAAUGCUGACUUUGCCAAGAUGCUACUGAAAAAGUGAGCAAAAAUACAAAAAAAAAGUCUGCAAUCAGCAGGUCUGGUAAAAUGUGAAAUGCCUUUAUGGAAGCCAUGUUGUGUCCUUAUGCUAGCGAGGGGAGAACGCCGGUCGCAAUCAUGUGUAAAUACUGUUCUGGACUGCUGCAUUCAUCGAGAUCAGUGUAGGGCGGUACAGAUCCACUUUCUUUUUUUCCUCUGUUUCUAAGAGCAAAGAGUUACACUAUGAUCUGGUAAAAUAGCGUUAUACGAU